AACGGUGAUUUGAUCUGGGCUUAUUGGAGUGGGACAGCUAGCUAACGGAACAGCUAAUGUUGUGAGCUAACCAAUCUGAGCAGUUUAUUCCGUUCAGUCAAAUGCUUAACCCCGCAACGCCGAGUUACAAAACGGCAAAACGACCUGCCAUUCUCUCUACAACGACACUCGCCGUUCCUGUAGAGGUGGUUGUUACACCAAAAUCUGUGACCACAGGUGGCGACAGUGUACAUUUUCUAAGGACCUUUUCGGAGGACAGACGGACUGAUGCCGGGACUUUCCGUUUUGCUUUUCUCAUGAAAUGAUGGUCUACCUUCAAACAUCGGCAUCGGCCAGAGGCCUCCUGCGGUUCUCCUUCAGGGCUCAGAGGAAAUGCAUAGCCACACAUUUGGUCCAGCAAAGAGCUCUGUCGGGAGCGGAGGCCGUCAAUGCCCUGCGACCGUUUUACUUCGCCGUCCAUCCAGACUUCUUCGGACAGCACCCCAGAGAACGGGAGGUGAAUGAAAAUUCCUUGAAGAGACUAAAUGGAUAUCUGGAGAACUUGCAGAAACCUGGAUCCGGCUUGGUUCAGCCGAUGAGGCUCACUUUCUACGUUAGGGACACUAAAGACGGCAGCGAUGAGCGUCCAGACGUCCAUCCUUCAGGUUUCCGCUCAGUCAGCUUCACCCUGCACUCCAACGAUGUUCUGAGCACCGUGAUUAACGUGCUGGCGUCCUGCAGCUUGUCUGUGGAUCACAUGAGGGACCUGACGGGAAGCAGGGAGGUGUCUGAAAUCAGAGCCGAUGCCGGCGUUCCUUUCUACAGACCCAUCAGGUGGGAUAAAAGCUACUACAGCUUCACUGGCUUCAGAGACCCGGAGCAGGAACUGCAGCAGGCCCGCAGAGUGGAACCCACAUUCAGCGUUUGGCUGAGAAACAACGAGCCCGAGGCCAGUGGGAAGCACAUGGCCAGCCUACCUCGAAGAGAAGAGCUGGCUAGGCUGAAGGAGGAGCUCUGUCACAAGUUAGAUUUGUCCGAUAUCAGGUGGCAGCGCAGCUGGGGAGUCACUCAUCGGUGCUGUCAGCUCCAGAGUCUGGGCCGGCUGGCCCAACAGAACCCUGAAUCACUGAUCAACCUGGAAGGACAGACUGUUGUGUUUGCUGACCAGUCAGGGAUAAACGCCUCCGGACAUGUGAUGCUGGGAACCAUGGACGUCCAUCAUCAGUGGACUAAACUCUUCCAGCAGCUUCCCGGCUAUCAGAGCCUCCAGCAGCAGACGGACUGGCUGAAGGAGAGGAUCAGCCUUCUUCUGGGAGGAACCCAGGUGGUCCACGUAGAGCGGCUUGGACCGGUCCAACCCUUGACAGAGAACUACAGAACCCUCAGCACCUUCCAUAAAAGCCUGAUGACCCAACGGCUGCACCUGCACCCAAGAAGUCUGCAUGGCCUAACCAUGAUGCUGGAAAACGACCGCUCCACCCCCAGUCUUCAUGAGAUGGGAUAUUUCAUCAUCCCCACAAACUGUGACCCCCCUAAGCUGCAGUUGUUCCUCCAGAGCCACGCCCCUGAGGCCAGACACCGCAGCCUCCGCAGAAAAAAGCUGCAGGUGGAGGAGGACUCGGUGGUGCGUUCUUGUCUCCACAGUCUGUCUCUGAGCAGCCUGUCCAAAGACCCCAGCGUCGGCUCCGCCCACAUGAUCCAGUGCUGCACCCGGCUGAUGGAGCAGCGCCCCCCCCUCCUGCAGGGCCUCCACCUCUGUGUGUCCCACUUCUACUCCGUCAUGCAGGACGGGGACCUCUGUGUCCCUUGGGACUGGAAGAGCUGAACUGUGGGGACCUGGUCUACCGGAUGUCGGAGGGAGUUCAGACGGGAAGAUCUUCAUCCUCGCACUGAUGAAGAUUCAGAAGGAAGGAAACCCACGGCAUGAUUUAUUUUCAUUCAUCCACUCUUAAAAAACCCAAACUUAAUCCCUCUCUUUUUAGCAGCUACAGACCUAUUUCACAUUUGCCAUUUAUCUCUACGAUUUUAGAAAACAAUGUUGCUAAGCAGCUGCUUUAGAGACGCAUCAUAUCCUGGAUCAGCCUGGCUUUCGCAGGGCUCACUCCACUGAAACAGCCCUGCUCAGAGUCUCCAAUGACAUCCUGAUGCAGAGCGAUGCAGGUCUGUGUUGUUACUGGACCUGACCUCAGCUUUUAGAUCGUCAUGUCCUUCUGGACAGGCUGAGAUGCUGGGUUGGGGUUUCAGGAUCUGCUCUUAAAUGGUUCUCCUCUCAUCUCUCUGGGAGAUUAGUUUCUGUGGCUGCAGCAACGUUCAAAUCCUCGUCUUCAUCUCUUGAUUUUGGUGUUCCACAGGGAUCUGUUCUGGGUCCUUUAUUAUUUAUUUUAUAUUUGCUGCCUCUGCAGCACAUUAUGGGAUAUUUUAAAGAUAUUUCUUAUCAUUGUUAUGCUGAUGAUAUUCAGCUUUUUAUUUCUUUUAAACCUCAGGAUGUUUUUAAGUUUCAGAUCUUGCUUUGGUGUUUGGAUGCUGUGAGGAGCUGGAUAAAUGACAACUUUCUUCUACUUAAUGAUGUAAAAACUGAGGUCCUUGUUUGUGCCCCUGACAGAUUUUUCCCUGAGAUAGUCGAGAGUCUCGGCCCAUUUGCCUCAUGCAUUAAGCCCUCGGUUAGGAACCUUGGUGUAACCCUUGACCCUGCACUGUGUUUAGAUGCUCAUAUAAAAUCACUUGUUCGCUCUUGUUUUUAUCAUCUCAGAAACGUUGCCAAGCUGAGUCCAGUUGUUUCAUGAUCUGAGAUGGAGAUGAUCGUCCAUGCCUUCAUCUCAUCCAGACUAGAUUAUUGUAGUUCCAACAUUCCAAGUUGUUCUUAACGCUGCUGCAAGGCUGAUAAAAAUCCUCCAAAUUCACUCAUGUUAUUACUGAUCCAGCUGCACUGGCUUCCCAUUUAUUACAGAGUGCAUUUUAAAAUUCUGGUUUUAACUUAUCGAGCCCUUCAUGACCAAGCACCUGAUUAUAUCAAAGACCUUCUGCAGCCCUACAUGCCCAGCAGGUCCCUGAGAUCAAGUGAUCAAGAUCUGCUGGUUGUUAAACCAACACGACUGAAAACCAAGGAUGACAGAGCCUUCGCAGCAGAGGCACCUUCCCUUUGGAGCUCCAUCCUGUCAGCCUGAGAUCUGUGGACUCCAUGAUCUCUUUUAAAAAGGUGCUGUAUAAGUAAACAUUUACUUACUUACUAAAACAUGCUGUCUAGGCUGUUCUCUAAAAUCCGAUCAUUAGUAAACAUGCCGUUUAAACGCGAUCUCACAGUUUAAAAAGCCAUGUUCCAGGGUUUGAGGGGAGUUUUGUUCCAGUAAGUGAACAGAUUUUAGAGUCCGGUUUAUUCUGGUGGUCCAUUUGUUGGUCUUCCUGAAUGUAGUUAUGAUGGGAUGAAUGAAGCCGGCCAGAGAUUGUCCAUCAUGUGCUGGUGUGGUGGUGGCUGUUGAUAAGGUUGUGGACCAGAUAGAAAGCGAGGGGCUAGGGAGUAGUGGGGGGGUGUACUGGCUGCGGUUGUGCAGAGGAAGAAUGGGGUGUGAUGUAAAUGGUCCGUAUUUAUACAGCACUUUUCUUUACCUGGAACGAUACCCAAAGUGCUUUACAUCAUACAUCACAUUCACACACUGAUGGUGGAAGCUGCCAUGCAAGGCGCUCAACCACGACCC